GCAUAUAACAUGAAACCAUCCGCGCCCGAAAUGUCAGAGUUCUUUUGGACGAUCAAUCUUCCAGCCUGCACUUUUCAACUCAUUCUUCCACCUGUCCGAUCUCUUGUCUCUUUAUUGUCACACCGCUGACCUGAUACAAUGCCCCAGUCCUCGUGGGUAUAUUCAGUAUCAACUUUUAUAUCAGCGAAACAGAUUUGACGCGUGCAUUUACUAAAUUAAAUAACUCUGGCGUGAGUCACCGCAGGUAUAGCCUGGCACCCAAACCAUCGUAGGCUCUCCGAUAUAUCUACGGUGCAGGGAGCACUGUUCGCCUGUCCAGGUUUUUGGCGCACGCUGAUUUCUUAUGGUGUCGACAUAAAUUGGCUCGUCUAAGAUACAAUAAUUAGACAAGCUGGCUGGAAAAACAGCAUGCAAGAAGAGGUCCACGUGUACGUUUCGCAGGACUGCGGUCGGUAAAACACCCCUAAGCUGGCCUGUUUGGAAUGGUAACCAGGCUACACUAUCACUAAGUGUACCUCUAAGUUCCGCGCGGCAAAUUUGGCUCAAAUAACAAAAUGAUGGUGGAAUAUAAGGAGGUAAGGGAGGAUGGGAGCGUCACGUCCACACCCGUCCGUAUGAGGGACCAGUCCGCGGCGCCGAGUGUUACCUCCACCCCGGCGCGGAGGCACGGGGACGUCUCCAUGAGCUCCAGCCGGAGCGCGACGCCCAAGCGGCGGACCAGGACCACGCUGGACGGGAGGGGGAUGCGUGACGCCCCGCCGCCGAUCGUCGGGAUUCUCGGCUGUGGAGAGUUCGGGCUGGCCUUGGCGAGGAAACUACUCAAGUCUGGCUACCAGGUCAUAUUGGGCACACGUGACGCCGAGGCCAUGAAGACCGUGGUGCCGCUUGGCGUGACGCUCACCACGCGGUACGAGGCGGUACUGCAGGCGGAGGUGGUGUUCCUGGCGGUCCGCAGGGAUCACUACGACCAACUGGGGUUCCUGGCGGACGCCAUGGGCGGGAAGGUCCUGGUGGACGUCAGCAUCACCAGCAGGUUCAACGACGGCCUGCGUUCUAACGCGGAGUACCUGCAGUGUCGGCUGUUCCCGUCCUGCAGGGUGGUGAAGGGGUUUAACGUCAUCCCGGCCGCCGCGCUGGACGCCGAGCUCAUGGACGGUCCCAAACAGGUGUAUAUUUGUGGGGAUGACCACCACGCCAAAGCUACGGUCACCCACAUCGUGUAUGACCUGGGGCUCAUUCCCGUCGAUCUGGGCGCGCUGAAGUCUGCGGGACACAUCGAGACCAUCCCCGCCCGCUUCCUGCCGUACUGGGGCCUGCCCGUCAGCGUCGGCAUCUGGCUCUUCAUCGUCAUGUUCCUGUACGUCAUGAUUCAGGACAUAAUCCGCCCGUCCGUCUCAGACGGUUCGAACGAGCUCCCCCGCCUGCCCCUAUACCUGGUUAACCGCGUCCUGGCGUUCGUGGCCGGGACCUUACUGUCAGCGGCGUUCUUCCCGGACGUCUUCAUCAGACUCGUGCGCAUCUUCAAGGGUUACGGAUACCGCGAUUUCCCCUCGUGGCUGGGGGAGUGGCGGAAGGCUCGGCGGCACAUCUGUCUGGUCGGGGUGAUCAUCUCAGCCGUGCACGCCGUCAUGUCCCUCACCAUCCUCAGCCCCACCUACUACCCAGAGCUGUACGAGAAAACCUCCAACCGCGGCGUCCCGUCUCUUGGUAAGAUGGUGUGGUCAGGCGAGGCGUUUGUGUCCAUGGGCGCGGUGUCCCUCUCAGCGCUGCUGAUCCUGGGAGUCGCCAACAUGCCGGCCGGGAAGGAGAAGCUGAACUGGCGGGAGACGACCUUCCUGUGGUCUAACCUGGGGACGGUCGCGCUGUUUACCGCCACGUUCCACGUCGUGUUCCUGGGGAUACAGGUCUACCCGAACGGAUCCCUCUACAGCCUGUUCACGCUGCCGGUGUCUCUGAUCUCCCUGUUCCCCCUGGCCGCCGUGGUCCUGCUGAAAUGCGUCACGCUCAUCCCGUACCUCCAGAAACACGUGCUCAACAUCCGGGACAUGCUGCAGGGCAGGAAGAGGCUGGACCAUGGGGACGAGUUCGUCGAGUGCGUGGUGGUGAACCUGUGAACGAGAGCGCGGCACCUGUCCCUGGUGCUGAAAUCGCCUUCAAUAGGCUACUAGUAUUUCUACUAUUAUAUAGCUUGUUCGGUUAAUGCCUUUGAAAACUCACCUAUAUUUCUGUCAUCUGUCGACCUUGACUUCUUACUUGUUCAUACCUGCGCGUUGUUUACUGGUGUCGCCACAUUGGCAUGACGUUUGUGCAAGCGUUGUUGUAUACAAACUAAAUUCGCAUUCAAUCGUUAUGAACAUAACCUAUAAUAUUAA